AUGAACGCUCUCUAUACACAUGCUUUGAAACAAAAAAAUCAAUUACAACAAGAUCUAUUGAAAUUUGAAAAUGAAAAUUUAACAGCUCCAAUAUCUUUACAAGGUGCCAUAUCAGCUACUUUAGUAUCUUUUGAAAAAUCAAUUAAACAAUAUUCUGAUUUUUUGAAAAAUAAUAAGAAUAUAAAAAAGCCAUCAUCAUUAACAUCAACAUCAAUUGAAUCUUCUUCUGCUUCUUCUUCAAUUGAUAAGGAAAAAGCUUUAGAAUCAGAUCUGAAAUAUCAAAAUAGAUUAUUAUCUUUAAGGAAAGAUUUAGAAGAUUUCCAAUCAAAAUUUAAAGAAUUAAAACAAAUAUAUUCUCAAUCAAGUGCAAGAAAACAAUUAUUUAGUAAUAAUAAUAACAGUACAACAACAAAUCCAUUCGAUGAAGAUCCUAUAAUCAAUAAAAGAAACGUUCAAACAUCAUCAUCUCCAAGAAAUUCAUAUUCUAAUUAUAAUAAUACUAGAAAUGGAAAUGGCGACGGUUCGUCAUUACCAUUAUAUAAUGGAUUACAAAAGGAACAAUCCAUUUUUCAGAAAGGUAAUAAUCAGUUAGAUCUAAUAUUGGAAAUGGGAUAUCAAUCUUUUGAAGAUAUCGUUCAUCAAAAUAAAAUAUUGGAAGCAGCACAAGAUAGAAUGUCAAAUAGUUUAAGAACUUUAGGUGUAUCUGAACAAACAAUACAUUCCAUUAAUAGAAGAGUUUUCAAGGAUAAAUUCAUCUUUUAUUCAGCUUUGUUAUUGUUAUUUUUAUCCAUGUAUUUAAUAAUUAAAUAUCUUAGAUAA